UAUAGGUGUGACAGCUAAAAUACUUUAUUUGAUUCAGAUUUUCCAUGUUCGUGGUGACCGACACGGUUAUUGGAUGAUCGUUACCUGGCUUAUUCUGCUGACUGCCCAAUGUGGAUCAUCUUUUUGCGGGCGGAGGUCAGCGCAUUUUUAAUUUUGCCUGAGCUCUGAUUGGACUAAAAAGUUUGCUGCGAUGGCCAGUAGAUCAGUGAUCAAAUGGUCUAAUAAAAUUACAACGUCCCAAGUCGAGCAGCUUAUUAGGGCUGAAACGGAUGUACAGAGGGCAAUGCUCAUCUUUGAUUCGGCAACAGCAGAGUAUAGUGAUGGUUUUCGCCACGAUGAGAAAACCUUUACUCUUAUCAUAUCGAAAUUGGUCUCUGCAAAUCAGCUCUGGACAGCGGAAGACCUUCUCCAGAGAAUGAAAGAAGAGCAGUGCAAUCUUACAGAAGACAUAUUUCUCUCCAUCUGCAGAGGUUAUGGGCGGGUUCACAGGCCGCUAGAUUCGUUAAGGGUUUUCCAGAGGAUGCAGCGUUUCCAAUGCAAACCUUCACCCAAAUCAUACGUCACUAUUUUGGAUAUACUUGUUGAGGAAAACCAGUUGAAACUAGCUCUUAGAUUUUAUAAACACAUGAGGGCAAUCGGUGUAUCACCUACUGUUGCUUCCCUCAAUGUUUUGAUCAAAGCUUUGUGCAAGAAUAGUGGAACGAUGGAUUCUGCCCUCAAGAUAUUUUAUGAGAUGCCAAAUCGUGGAUAUGUUCCGGAUUCAUAUACAUAUGGUACUUUGAUAAAUGGAUUGUGUAAAUGGGGAAAAAUUAGUGAUGCCAGGAAACUAUUUGAAGAGAUGGAGAUAAAUGGUUGUUCACCUAGUGUAAUCACCUACACUUCCAUGAUUCACGGUCUCUGUCAAUCUGAGAAUUUAGAUGAAGCUUUUGGAUUGUUUGAACAGAUGGUGGGCAAAGGUAUUGAGCCUAAUGUGUUUACUUUCAGUUCAUUAAUGAAUGGAUUUUGCAAGAGUGGGUGUUCUUCUCAAGCAAUGGAGCUUUUGGAAAUGAUGGUUCGGAAACGGCUGAUGCCCAACAUGAUAACUUACAGCACUCUAAUCAAUGGGCUCUGUAAAGAAGGGAAAGUUUAUGAAGCUUUGGAGACUCUUGACAGGAUGAAGCUUCAGGGUUUGAAACCAGAUGUGGGAUUGUAUGGCAAGAUCAUUGCUGGCUUUUGUGACAAGUGCAAAUUUCCGGAGGCUGCCAACUCCCUUGAUGAGAUGAUACUAGAAGGAAUCUCUCCCAAUCGUUUAACUUGGUCUAUUCAUGUCAGAAUCCACCAUGCGGUUGUUCAAGGCCUUGCUGUUCAUGGUGAAAUAAAUCGUGCUUAUCAACUUUACCUAAGCAUGCAGGCCAGGGGAAUUUCUGUUGACGCUUCGACUUUCAGUGCUCUCGUUGGAUAUUUCUUGAGGAAAGGAGAUAUAGAUAAAGCUGCUCGGGUAUUUGAGGAAAUGGUGCAUGAUGGAUGUGCUCUGGACGAGGAAACAUGGAAGGCAGUUGUUGAAGGAUUUGUGCAUUGGGAGAAAGGGAUAGAAGCUGCUAACUUAUUGCCUGAAUUGAUUAGAGAACAAUGAAAGAAGCAGACAAGACUAUAAGGAUAUAAUCAUUAGUUCCAGAGCCAGAUAGAAGCAACAUGAAGGCCUGACAUCUCCAUUCAACAGGGGCCAUCUUUUUUCUCUCGAGCCCAGGCAAGUACAGAGAAAGCAUGGGGCGUUUCUGACGAUCCAGAAAUCACCUGAUUUUGGUGAU